AUGGGGCUCAAAUCACGGUUUCUUUUGUCUUUACUGGGGAGUUCGGUUCUGACUAUUGCUGAAGAGGUUGGAUAUUUCGAAGACUCCUCGAUUUGUGCCGACUCGAAGGGACUUGCCACUUGCUACAAGAGCGCAGCCACUAGCUAUGCCAGUUGCAUCGCCAACAACUGCAGUGGAGGAAGCAAAGAAUGCUAUAACUCUUGCAAUGGAGAUGCUAGCUGUAUGGCGACGCAAUGCCCUAAUCUAGGAAUUGACUGCAUUAAUGCGUGUGGGUGCGUGCAAAGUGUCAACCAAAUCGACUGCAUUGCCUCAAGUUGUUGGAACCAGGUUUAUUCUUGCGAAUACCAGAGGACAGUCGAGGAUGUUCUCAAUCUCUGCGCGAAGACCGACAUGGAUCAAUUACCUUUCUGGCCACCCCCUGACGAUGCUCCCGCUAGAUGCUCCUGCAACCUUGGCAAAAUAGACCGCAAAGAAAACUUGAUAUCUGCACAUCUUACACAAUGUGUGAACAAUGAAACGAACCUUGCUCAAUUUUCGACGGUAGACGAAAUUACAGAUUAUUCACGGGCUUGCACUUGCUGUGCUAUGAGCGGAUUUGUCACCGCUAUCUGGGGUACAUGCCCGAACACCAAACCUUCAGACCUUGGAGCAGAUGCUUGGUAUAGCGCCCUCCUCGAACCAAAUGACUGGGAGGAUUGUGGACCCUAUUUAGCGUCAUACGACUGCGCAGGCGACCUUGGAUAUGGCUCUGAUGAUGCGGGUGACACCACUGAAUUCUAUAAGCCAAACAGCCUUCCAGCCAACGGUACUGAGACUAUGUACAAUACGGGCGGUGUUUUGUCCACCCCUGUCAGUGGUGCCACUUUUACCUGGACAUACGGUACUGUACUGCACGCAGUCACUGCUGUAUCAACAGACAACGUUGUGACAGCGACAGGCACUGGGGGUGGCUCGGGAAGUACAGCCACUCAAACUGGAGCCAGUGCCACCAAGACUGGGGCUGCAGUGUCAUACAGAUCUCCUUCUUGCCUCCUCUUGGGUUUUACAGCCGUCCUGGCUUUAGCUUUAGCUUAG